AUGCACUUAGAACUGUGUAAAACUAUCAAGAGUCUGGAUAACUCAUUCAGUUGGCUUUUGUUUACUUGGUUUGUGCUUAAUAUUGGAAAUGGCUGUUUUAUAGCUUUUUUUCUUCUUAACAGUUCAUAUGACAUAUUUGGUACAAGUGUGCUUGUGUUUUGGCUCAUUGCCAGCUGUGUUUAUAUAGGUGCAACAUCUAUUUCAGCGGCCAUCCUCCAGGAAAAGGCUCAUGCACCAUUAGAGUACCUUUACGACAUAGACAUUAAUGACGUUAAACCGGAAGAUCAGCCUCAGCUGUAUUUAUUCCUGUCCAAAUUAACGAGUUCAUCCGUAGGUUUAACAGCGUUUGGUUUGGUCACCAUCACAAAAGAACUCCUUCUAACUUUAGCUGGCUUGUAUUUGACCUACUUCUUCCUGUUGUUGCAGUUCAGAUAGCUGUUUGAGAUAAUAACUCCGACAUCAAAAUCG